CGUCCCGCCGAGCAAACAGUUGAGCAACAGCGGCCCUAUCUUAUCAUUUAUCGGCUGUCUAGGUUAGCUUUGUCCCGGCGGGGACACCGUGUUAUCGUGUUAAAUAGGCGCUGUAGCUCCAGGAGACACGUCGGCUGUUUUUGCGGUCACAUUUUGAAUGUGUGUAGUGAACCUCCUCCCCCCGCCCCCGGGCAAACGGUAACGUCAGGAGGCAGAGACAGACUGAGAAGAUCAGCCAGCAGAUAGUUUGUGUUCAGCUGGCUCUGUACUCCGAGCUAACUUUUGGGGAGUUAAAAAGGCGUAGCUAACCGCUAGCUUCACAGAAAACACCGCGACGGGAGACGUUAACGGACGUUACAGCGCUUUUUUUAGCAGCUCGUUGUGAAGCUUACAACGUCAGCCUUAUCAAUAUGGUGACUUUGUCAUCUGUAAUAAGACCUCUGGCUGCUCAGCUCCACCGGCAGCUCGUCAGACACGCCAGGAGUCACCGGAUAACACCCGUCAGGAGAUGCAACCUCACGGCAUGCUCAAGCAAAUAUGUGCUGUCGCAGGUGCAUCCCAUGUGGCAGGGACCCCUCGCGGUACCAGGAGGUGAUCGUCAGUCUCCAAUCGACAUCGUUGUGCGAAAGAGCGUCUUUGAUUCGGAGCUGAAGCCUCUGGUCACUGAUUAUGACCCGCAGACCUGCCAACAGAUCUGGAACAAUGGCUACUCCUUUCUGGUCGAGUAUGAUGACACCACAGACAAAUCAACGCUGAAAGGAGGCCCCCUGCAAGACAAAUUUCGGUUGUGCCAGUUCCACUUCCACUGGGGGGAGAGCAACGCCUGGGGAUCAGAGCACACCGUGGACAGGAGACUGUUUCCUGCAGAGCUCCACUUGGUCCACUGGAACUCUGACAAAUACAGUCUGUUCGAGGAGGCAGUGAUGGAGGACAAUGGUUUGGCUGUCAUUGGUGUCUUUCUUAAGGUGGGAAAGAGACACGAGGGGCUGCAAAAACUGGUCGACGCUCUGCCUGCUAUCAGACACAAGGGCAGUGUAGUGGAGUUCACCAGGUUCGACCCUGGCUGUCUGUUACCCACCAACACUGAUGACUACUGGACCUACCACGGCUCUCUGACAACACCACCUCUGACAGAGUCUGUCACCUGGAUCGUUAUGAAGCAGCAUAUAGAAGUCAGCCAUGACCAGCUGGCGGUCUUCCGGAGCCUUCUUUUCACCUCAGCCGAGGAGGAAGUGCAGAAGAGUAUGGUGAACAACUUCCGUGUGCAGCAGGCACUCUGCGGUCGCACGGUCCGCUCUUCAUUCACUCCUUUCCUGCAGGCGGAGCCAUCAGCCGAAGGCGAUAAGCAUUCCCACUGACGCUGCUGGACACAGUAACACGCCAUGACCACCAUUACACACAGUGACCGUCAGAAAACUACCUUUACUCUGUCAUCAACUGUCCAGACCCCCUCCCUUUUUUUAAACUCUGUCACAAUCAAAUGUUUCUCAUCACAUUUAAAACAGAAAUCAUAUUUUUAAGUAUGACAAAGUAUCCUCUGAGGAUCUUCAGUCAUACUUAUUUCUGUUUAUCUCUCAUGGAGUGAGCAUAUUGUAUUUAUUUUUCAUUACAAAGGGUGAACAGUUUUACACGGAGGGUGUAGGGAUACUUCUGUUUCUGUGAAGUUGAGGUUUUAAUUCUCUUUGUAUUUUUUUAGAUUGUGGUUUGAGUGUUGCAGACCAAUAACCAAUAAGGGAUAGUUGCUGUGGGGGAAAAACAGUUUUACUGAUUUUAUUAACAAGAUCGUAUUUAUUAUACCUUUUACAGUUCAUUCCGUUACUGUACAUGGGUUUGUACCUGCGGCUCGGUGUAGAGAACAGUUGAGCCGAGGUAAAAACUGAACAACACUGUGUGCUGGCCACAGUCGGUACUACAGCAGCUUGCUCCGACUUCCUAGCAGUGAUGUUUGUGUCCAUAAAAGGAGGUCGCAGCUGCUGCGAAAGCCCGAGAGAUUUUAACUGACUAGAGUGAGAAUAUAUCAUACAUCUAAUAUUAUCAAGGGCUUUCUUAAACCCUGUGUGGUGAUUUGAUGGAUUUAUCAUUGAUUUUGUCAUCUACAUAUUAAUAAGAUGAUUAGAUUGUAUGUUUUCUUUACCUGUUAAAAGGAGAUUAUACUGAAUACAGUACAUCUGACAUUCAGAAACAACGUGCAACAUCCCUCAUGUACAGUAGGGGUUUAAAGGAACUCUGCUGAGCCUUGGGUCUUCUACACAAAUAACUGUUAAAUAUGUUACCGAUAUGCACAAGUUACUGUAGCACAAACGUGUUUUAUGAAUAUUCUGAUUGAAAGAAGUCGCUCUCUUCCAUGAUUCUUACACUAGUUUCAAGAACCAUAACCACAGUGCCUUAAAUAUUCUCGGUGUGAAUCACUGCAGUGGGGCAGAGUUUCACCAAAACAAACGUGUCAUACAAAUCACAAACAUGUUUGAGCACGAUCGGUCUCUCCAUUCCACAACUCUUCCAAGCAGCUAUGGUUCAACUGCAGUGGUUGGUGGUUGCCCAGAGACACAGUCAAGUCUCGGCUGAUACUUAGUAUGAUCCUUUUUGAAUGGAGUAAAUGGAAUCAGUCAAGUCUAGCGUUUAAAACAUGUUACGGUGCUUCAGCUGAUGAGUUCAGGAACACAGUAGAGAAGUUGAGUAAACUUGUAAAUGAGAUCGAUUGAAUCAAGGAGGGAACUGUUGUUGUCAUUCGUCUGUCUGAUUUAGUUAGUUUUACAUUGUCUCACAUUGGUCUGGCUGAAGAUUAAUCGGAGACUAAUCAGAUUUUACUGUUUUUGGUUUCAGAAAGGGCUUAAAGAGUUACAAAUAUUGUACUUUAAUGCAGAAUAUCUAAACUACUUUUGGAUUACUUUUUUUGAAUUCAAAAUAAAGUCAAAACACACAAAGAAUCCCAUCAUGAGUAGCUGGUAGACUCAUGAUAUUACAGAGGAUACUAAGAUCAACAGUUGACACAGUGGGACAAACUUUUCCACAACAGCCUCGUGCAUCAAAAUGCCUGUCUAGCAGUGUCUAAAAAUAUGUUUAUAUUGGCUCCCACUUUAGACAGCUGAUGUCAUUUCCUGGCUAGCCUCAGUUGCAGUAGCAUCUGUAACUCAGUGCAGCUUCUCAUUCAGGAUUUCUUUUACGUGUCUGUCAGAGAAAAGCAACCUCCUGGGGUUUACUCUCCAUAUUUUAAAUCAAAAUGGCUUCCACCACAGCAGCUGCUAUUACAAAUCAAAAAACUUUUAAUUCAUCUUGAAAAAAAUCUCUCUUUAAAGUAAGUUUUCCAGUUUUCUAACUGUAAUGGCUGCUGUCUGAAAUCUACCGCAUUUACCCCUCUUCACUAAUGAGUGUGUUUACAUGGACAUGAUAACCUGUUUAUGAUUAGAUCAUGUAAACAACAUGUUACGUUUACGAGAAACCCAAAUAUGCUAGCUGGAGUUCUCUGAAAGGAACUGAGAUGUAUACGGGGAAUAUGAGUAACCUGAUUUCUCUGUGUUCAUAUAAACACCAUAUUCUGAAUGUGAUCGUACCCAGGAUAAGCCUCAUGAACUGGUUAUUCAUGAUCAUGUAAUCACACUCAUUGUCAGUCUGAGCUACAAGCCUAUGAAAUAGUGUUUGUUAAAGCCCACUUUAAACCAGAGAUAUCAAAUAAAUGGUGAUAUAAGAAAAAAUGUCCUGCAAGCUACAUGACAUACUGUAGAGAAAGGCUCUUGUUUCAGCGCUGAAUUUUUAGUUAUUAGCACAGUUAAAAAUAUCAGCGACUGCGGCUCUAUUUGAGCUACUCAAAGUAGACUUGAUGUACCUUAUCCAGAGCUUUAGACGCUCUACACUGAGGUAAAUCAAGCUCUCCUCUGUGCGUUUUUCACCUAAUCCAGUUACAUUGCACACCCUUGCUGAUCAGGUUUUUAAAUUAGGAGCAAGCUUAUGCAAUGUUGCAUCAUAUAAAGAAGUCUGGCAGUCCGCCUGCUCUGGCUCACAUCCGGAAGUUGUGGCGCGCUGGGUGAAUCUUACCAUGCAGCACCAUGAGAAAGAGAGGGAGAGGACUGUGGAUAAGACCGUGAAGAGAGAGAAGAGGGCAGAUGAAAAGUUAUAAGAAAGGGAAAUUAAAGUUCUGAUUAGCUCACACUACAUGAAAUGAUCCUUUUAGUUUGUCAGACAUGUCUGAUUUCACGUCUUUUACUUCAGGGCAGGAACCCGUAAUCGCACUACAAACCUGAAAACCACAUCAAAGGAAAGUGCAUUUGGCUACUUCUGAAAUUAUCCAUGUGUGAAAGUUUCCUCCAUUGAGGUGUAGUUGAGUUGAGGCAGGGGUGAGAGGUCACGGCUGUCUGUAUAAUCCCUGAGGAACAAUGCAACUGUCCAAACUGGCCCUCCACCCCUUUAGAAAUGGCACCCUGCUCCGUCUCCUCAGCAGGGCUUCCCAGUGGAGGUCCAGCGUCAUGCCGCACUGAAUAGACUAACUGGAUGUGUAUUGAAAAUAUCUGACGCUCUGCGAUGUGCUCUAAGUGAUGUUAACUCGUCGUGAAGGCUGCGUGUUUGCUAGAUAAACGCUGACGGAGAUUAGCUGGUGUGGAAGUUGAUGUGGCUCAGUAACACUUAGGAAUGUUGCGUGGUUACUUUUUUUUUCUUUACAGAUGAUGCAAUACAGAAUGUAUGUUACUAACAUGGAGACAAGGGACCCAGUACUGCCUUCAUCUUGUACAGGUGUAUUUUAUUGAUGUAUUUGAGUUGUGCACCAUGAUCUGCCUUCAUGUUUCAUGGCAUUUUAUUCAUGUUUAUUUACUUUAUAUGCCUUUUUUUAAACCAUUGAAUGCAAUGAAUAUCAGUAUAUUCCAGUGCAAAUGUUAAAUCUAUGGAAAAUGUUUCUCUAUGUGGCCUUUGCUGUCGACGCUGAAGUCAGUGAUAUUGCAUCAGAAAUGCAUUUAAGAUGACUUUGUCACAUGACUCAAUUUUAUCUUCUGAAGUUUUUCAUUUCACUUUUCAUACUUUUUUUUUGGCAUCUUCAUCUGACUUGUAUCACUGUCUUGCCUUUCUGAACAUAAAACUAUCAUGGAAUGCUGUCAUGCUGCAUUUUCCUCAUGAUCUUCCACACCCUCGGUUCAUUUGUUCUUGCCUUCUGUUGUCCAGCGUGAUGUUUUAGCAGGUGUAUGCUGUACAUAGUAUGCAGUACAUACUUUAGCUGUUUAUUUGUGCAGUGGACUGCCAACAUUCCUGCCCUGCAGGGCUUCACUACGCCCCUCCACCUGGAUGGCUCCAUAUUGGCCCCCAUCCAGCUGUGCAACCAGGAUGUGUUUUGCUCCCAGAGGCCCCUGCUCCUCAGGGGGGAAAUGUUGAAAACCACCUAAAGCUGUCACAUGAUAUAGAUGUAAAGAUGAUUUUAAAGAAACUGAUAUAUUAUUACAUCAUGUAUAGCAAUAAAGUGAUGUGUGAUGUAAGAAGGA